AAAAAAGAAAAAAGAAAAACAUUCCGCCGAUUUUGAACCUCCAUUAUCACAUUGACAACAAUGUCAAUCCACCGCAGUCCACUUGCGUACUUUCAUGCUUUCCUCGUCUGCAGCUGCCCAAGGCAAUUGGAUGUCUACUCCCUCCAUCUAAAAGAAACAAUCAUCAAAGAUACAUCCAGACACUCAACGCCAUCCCUUCCCUCCCGCCACUCCAGACCCCGACGACGAAACGCAGGGGAGGAGAUUUAGAAAGAAAGAAAGAAAGAAAGAAAGAAAGAAAGAGGGAGAGACAGGGGAGUAGAAAGAGUCAGACAAUGCCACCAUUCUCCCAUUCCACCAAGCUCAAAUUCAAACCCAACCCUCAACCUCGAGCUCGCUACUUUGAUGUCUUCAACUCCGCCUCCACGGGACAUCAGGUUGCCGAUGGGGGCUCGCGCGGACGCGAAUGGCGGAUCACUCGGCAUGAGAAACUGGCGCGGCAAUUUGGGUCGAGGGAUGGGGAUUGUACCUCAUCUCCCGCGUAUCACGGCUACUUGGUGAAAGGAAGGGACGGUGACGCCGGUGGGGAUGAGGAUGCGGGGAGGGGAGAGUGGCCUUGGACAACAACAACAACAACACCAAUAUCGACGGGCCAGAUGGAUAUACGGAACAUGCUUGGUGGACAAGUCCGGAAACGAGUACAUGCCGCGGCUGCUAGCGAUGAAUUGAGUGCGAUCGAAUUGAAGAAAGCGAAGCUGCAGUCGGCGGCGACACUCUCAUAUAAACCCUCCAUACAGACCACAACAGAGCCCGUUGAACAAGUCAUACCUUCACCCAAAACUCUAUCACCGUACUCGCAGAAUGAGCGCACCAGCAAGGCGAUCUUCACCUCCCUCAUCAUCCACAUCAACGGCCAAACGACACCGCUUAUCUCCGACCAUGCUCUCAAGCGUCUUCUCACCACGCAAGGAGCGACCCUCAGCCUUACUCUAUCCCGAAAGAUCACGCACGUCAUCAUUGGUGUUCCAAAUGCCGGACCGGGUAACGGCGGUGCGGGGGGUGGGCUCGCGGCCACCAAGAUCCAGAAGGAGAUUCAGCGUGGAGGUUGGAAAGGGGUAAAAGUGGUGACCGUACAAUGGGUCUUGGAUAGUAUACAAGCUGGAAAGCGACUUUCGGAAGCAAGGUAUGCAGUGCAACUGGGAGGAAAGCAGAGGAGUGUGCUUGGCUUUUGCUCGCCAUCAUCCACGGUCGUUCCCCCGCUGUCUGCAAAAGACUAUUAUGAUCCACACACAUGA